AUGUCUACAGACUACCACUACAGCUACCAUGACAGAUACUACAACAGCAACAACAACUUCUACCACCACGGAUACUACAACUGCAACAACCACUGCAACUACCACUCCUACAACUACAGCUACCACUACGGAUACAACAACUGCAAUAACCACUGCAACUACCACUCCUUUCACUACGGAUACUACAACUGCAACAACCACUGCAACAACCACUGCAACUACCACUCCUACCACCACAGCUACCACUGCAACAACCACUGCAACUACAACAGGUACCACAACAGGAACUACCACACCUACCACCACAGACACUACUACUGCAACUACAACUGGAAUAACGACAGGUACAACCACUGGUACAACCACAACCCCAACUUCAGGAACUACCACAGCUACGACUACAGAUACCACAACUGCAACAACCACUGCAACUACCACUCCUACCACCACAGGGACAACUACGGCUAUCACUACGGAUACCACAACUGCAACAACCACUGCAAUUACCACUCCUACAACCACAGCUACAACUACGGCUACCACUUCGGAUACUUCAACUCCAACUACGACUCCUACCACCACAGCUACAACUAUGGAUACUACAACUGCAACAACCACUGCUACUACGACAGCUACCACUACGGAUACUACAACUAUAACAACCACUGCAACUAA